CAUCGCUACUCGGCACUCGCUUAGCUGAUUAGCGCUUAGUCGCUGCACAUUUAACUUUCACAAAUAUAUUAACAUUUCAUUAUAAUUCGUGUAUGAUUUUAAUUAUAUGCGUAGUUAUAUACUAAUGGUGUGCAACUGUAGCUAGCUCAAUUAUCAAAAUGAUUAAAGCAAUUUUAGUGUUCAAUAAUCAUGGAAAACCGAGACUAUCAAAAUUUUAUCAAUACUUUAAUGAAGAUAUGCAACAACAGAUUAUAAAAGAGACUUUCCAGUUAGUUUCCAAGAGAGAUGACAAUGUAUGCAACUUUCUAGAGGGAGGCAGUCUGAUCGGUGGAUCUGAUUAUAAACUCAUUUAUAGGCACUAUGCAACUCUGUACUUUGUGUUCUGUGUCGACUCAUCCGAGAGUGAACUUGGCAUUUUGGAUCUUAUACAGGUGUUCGUCGAGACACUGGACAAGUGCUUCGAGAACGUCUGCGAGCUGGACCUGAUCUUCCACGCGGACGCCGCUCACCAAGUGCUCGACGAACUGGUGAUGGGCGGGAUGGUUCUGCAGACCAACAUGGCGGACAUAUUGUGCAGGCUGCAGGAGCAGAACAAAAUGCAGAAAGCGGAGGCUGGUAUAUCUGCCGCGCCGGCCAGGGCAGUGUCGGCCGUAAAAAGUAUGAAUUUGCCUCAGCAACUCCGCGAUAUGAAGUUACCCGACCUCCCGCAGGCUAUAAAGGAUCUGAAGUUCUGACCAAUGCAGCAGGCGUACACCGGCACGCCGGUCGCCAUAGCAACCAACAUACUCACCUCCAUCUGCCCGCAAAACGACAAAUAUCAAAACCUACACAAACAGGACAAUUUCAAGUUCUUCGGCUCCGAGUCGCUCAGCGCCAGGUUCUCGGAGACCUUCUCCGAGAACUACCAACAGACGGACGGUGUGAAUUUCCCCAAUUACGAGAGCAACAGCGCUGAGGGUUACCAGGACCUGAGGGGGACGGUUGAGGGGGGGUACGGGGAGAGGAAGAAGAAGAAGAAAAGGAGUAAACAUUGAGUGGAAAUGUUUUAGUUGAAUUGUGGCAUUUCUUCGAUUAGAUUGAAACGGAAUAUCUUAAAUAGGCAAUAAAAAAAUGAAAAUAAUUGAUAUAUUAAUUAUGGGCCGAGUUAUGAAAACCUAUUGACAUUUUUACAAAUAUAAAUAAGUUUGGAUGGUAAAACAGUAGACUGUGUUAUGAAAACUAUUUGGGAAGACUUGUGCCCCCUUUGAAUGGGGAUUUCUCAUAUCCAAUCAAACUUAUUCGUGAAAAUGUGUUUUCAUAUCUGUUUCAUUAAUCUAUUUCACAGGCGAGUCGGUUAAUGGCCUACAACGCCAGACCACCAGACAGAGAUUUUUCAGCUAAUCGACCCGUUAUCUGAUUGAAACCAAUACUCUCAGGUUCUAUGAUCAUAUGUUAACCAUUAUACCAAGGAGACAAAAUUCUCUGACAUGAUAAUAAACAGAUAUUGUAAAGUACUAUUUGUCGUCUUCAAAUGUUAAGAUAUUCGUUUUUAUUAAAAAAAAAUAUUCUUUUACCCUUCCUGUAUGUGCUAUUUUCAAUAAUAUAAGAGAAAUAAUAGGAUAAAAAUGUUGUCGUUUUAGGUUCUUUGAGAUUUCAUACUUCUUUUUUUAUAUGUAUUUAUGUAUGUCAAUUUAAAGUUUUUAUUUAAAAUAAAAACAGAUGCUCUCUUUGUUGAAUCGGGUUAAAAAUCAUGUCCCUAGUCUCGUAACUUGUCUUAAAAAUGGCGGCAAAUGAAAAUAACUUUUUGAAAUUGUUCGAAUUUUAAAACCAUUCCCUGUAUUGUUUAUGUCACACGCGCUAUGGCGGGAAAAGUGUUGCAAUGUUUUAAUUAUAUUAUGUACUCUAAUAGAUGUAAGAAAUAUAUUAUAUAUAAAACGUUA